AACCAUUUUUCCAAGUUCACACGGUUCCUGCACUGCGCGACGAGAGAGCAGCACGUACGCCAAUCUAGAGCCGCUCGCAUGGCGAAGCUGGCUUCGUCGUCCACGUCCGCCCUCGACUUCCUGCGCCGCCUCCUCUGCGCGCACAGCGCCAGCAACGCCGACGAUUCCGCCGCUGCACAGCACGGCGCGACGCGAGACCCCGCGCCGGAACCGGAGGCGAGGAGCCCCUGCAUUGUGGCCAGGCUGAUGGGCCUGGACGCAAUGCCGGCGGAUGCGCCACACGGCCACCCGCAGCCGCUGCGGCGCAGCCGGUACGCGAGCUCCGCGGAGGGGUGGCCGCCGCCGCCGCCGUGCUCCGGGGACGCCACGCCGCAGCCGCUGGCAAUGCAAGCGUCCACGUCGUUGAGGGAGAAGCAGGCGUACCUGAGGCAGGAGAACGACGAGUUCCUUCUCCUCAGCUUCAGCCCGGAGGACCGCAGCGACGUCAAAGGAGAGUCGUUCUCGCUCGCCGCGGCGGAGACGACCGGGCGUGGCGAGAGGAGGUCCGACAGAGCCAAGAAGCAGGGGAGGAAUGGGCAGCGCCGCCGCAAGCUGCAGUUCAGCGACCAGGCGGCGGAGUGUGACAUGCAGAACGCGAGCCCGGUGUCGGUGCUGGAGGCGCGAGAUGGGCAUGAGGAGUCGUCCACCACUACAACUUCGUCUUCCAUGGAAGAGGUGGAAAAUGCUGAGCUCUGCUCAGCUAGCUCAGUGACUGUGGAAGAAACUCAGUCAAUAUUGAAGCAGCAGAGCUCAGGGAGGAAGCUGCGAUCCAAUUUCGACCAGAUCGAUGACCUGUCUCAUGCAACAAGCACUUGCCAUGCCACAAGAUGUUCAGACAGGGAGAGGAGGAACCGGAGAGUGGUGAACAAGGCCGAGGUGAUCACCCCAGAUGUAACUGGCAUCUGGCAGCCCAUUUGUCGAAUGGUUGAGGAAGAUCUCAAGAACAUGGACUGGUUUACUCGGGAUGGCGCAAACGUUGUCGCCGAGAUGGAGUCAGGCAUCCUUGAUCAGCUCUUAUGUGAGGCAACGGAUGAACUCUUGCAGCUAAGCUCCGAUGUUGUGUGUGCUCUGCCUCUCCGCUCAUCUCUAGAAGUGCCUGUGUCCAAGAAAUGUUCAGGCAAGACGAUCAAGUGGAGGUACCCAUGUCUAAGAAAUGUUCAGGCAAGACAAGCAAUUGGAGGCUACUGAACAAGUAUUGAAGAAGUGGUCAAUCGCCCUCCGGUUGUGAUUUGCGUUCUGAAAUAUGAUCAUAAGAACAUGAAGUGGAUACGCAAACAAAGCAGCAGACGUAAAUUCAGAGGUUGCUGAACCUGAAGAUCUCAGGAACCUGUACUCUAUUUGUAGUUUGUACUGCCAAGCUUU